CCGAUCAUUUUUUGUAAUGUCCUUUCUUACUGUCUUCACAGUCGGAUGUGGUCCAUCAGAGUGUAUUCGAGCUCAUCCAUACAGACGAUCGGGCAAUGUUUCGAAGGCAACUACACUUCGCUCUCAAUCCCACUUCGUGCGAUGGUAGCGAUGGAUCUGAUACAAUUCAAAGCAGCAGUGACGUCACCAGAGACAUGGUAAACUACAACCCUCAACACAUCCCUCCAGAAAACUCAUCCUUCUUGGAACGAAGUUUCUGUUGCCGAUUCCGGUGCCUCCUUGACAACUCAUCAGGCUUCCUGGCCCUGAACUUCCAGGGGAGGCUGAAAUAUCUCCAUGGGCAAAACAAGUUGGCUGAAGAUGGGACACUGGCCCACCCUCAACUGGCUCUUUUUGUCAUAGCCACACCCCUCCAGCCACCCUCUAUCCUGGAGAUCAGGAGCAAGACUCUUCUUUUCCAAACCAAACACAAGCUGGACUUUACACCUAUGGGUGUUGACACAAGGGGAAAGGUGGUUCUUGGCUACACUGAGAUUGAGCUGUGUAUGAGAGGCUCCGGCUAUCAGUUCAUUCAUGCUGCUGACAUGAUGUACUGUGCUGACAACCAUAUCAGAAUGAUAAAGACUGGAGAAAGUGGUUUAACUGUCUUCAGACUUCUCACGAAAGGGGGUACAUGGAUCUGGGUGCAGGCCAAUGCUAGGCUUGUUUAUAAAGGAGGAAGACCAGACUUCAUUAUCGCUCGACAAAGAGCACUAACUAAUGAAGAGGGUGAGGAACACCUCCGUCAAAGGAAGUUGCAGCUACCUUUUAGCUGCGCCACUGGUGAGGGUGUCUUGUAUGAGACUGGCCCCACACUGGACAUCGCUGACAUUCAAAAUCCAAGCAAAGGCCAGAAGAUGCACAAACCUCUAUCUCUGGACCCAGAUUCUCUUCUCGGCUGCAUGCUGAAACAGGAUCAUUCUGUCUACAACAAGAACAAUGACCCCAAUUCCCAGUUUACCCUUGACCAGGCUUUCAGGGAUAGCCACGCCCUGCUCAAUGUCCCUGGGAACACCUGGCAGCCGUCAGCCCCAAACAUUGUGGCUGGGAUAAAGGAGGAAAGUGUGGUAAAGGACAUGAUGGAAAGCUUGCAGCAGAUUAUUGGGGACAGCAGUAUUUGUGGCCUUCAGGGGUUUGAAGUGGACGAAUCGGACCUGAAGGAGUGGGAGAACACUCUGCUCAGGAUGAACAACAACAACGAAAUGGAACUUAAUGAAAUCAUCACCAAUGACAUCCUCUCUUAUGUCGAGGAUGCACUUUUUAAGGAAAAUGGUAUUCAAUUGCCCGAACAACUCAAGAGCCAGGGUCCAUUUGUUGAGGUGCCUGAGUGUCUUCCAGAAAUGGAGCUACAGAAUAAUGUAGCUGUUAACCAGGAAUUCAACUGCCAGGCAGAUAUACUCGGUGGAUCCUCAGGUGGGGGUGGGUUCGUCGGAAUGAACAUCCAAGAUGAAGUGGAUGCCAGUAGCCCUGGAAGAGGGAUGGUGAAGCUCACCCAUAUGGGGCCACAGAUGCUACCUGGCGACACUUUUGUCCAAUCAUUCGGACUAGAACAGACAACCCAGAAGAUGCCUGGCAAUAAUAACAUUGUGUUUAAUCCUUCUCUUGCCAUGCAGCAGCCGACCCAAGUCAGGCUUGGUCUGCAAGGUGCCGUGCAAGAGUACGGAAUAGUGCCAUGUGGCCAGAGAAACCUACAGACCAGAAACCAGCCCCAUCACAACACAAUGACUCUCCCUCUUCAAAGUCCUCUAUUGCAGGGCAUUUCCUCCCAGCCAAUGGGCUUCAAUGGCCAGAAUUCCCUUCCUCAACAACCGUCAAUCAGUCAGAACCCUCUGUGGGUGUCUGACAGCAACAAUUUGAUGGAUAACCUGCUGAACUCUUGCACCCGUAACAUUUCAGGUUUACAAGAUGCAGGACUACCCUCUGGCCCAACUCCCCAACUACAAGGACAGUUUUCUCUUCACACUCAAAACGCUGCCAAUCCAGGACUGCCUAGCUGGCAGCAAUCACAGCCUCAACAGGUCUCCAGAUCGUUUUCCAGUGGGCAACAGAAUAUGACGGGCUUCAUCGGCCAAGUUACAGACUUCCAAAGAGAUCUGCUUGGAGAACUGAUGUCGCACACAAACGCACAAGGAUUCGGGUCUGGUUUCCUGCCCCAGACAACUGCAAAUAGCAUCUAUCCUCAGCAAGGAGAGAUUAUCAGCAACAGCCCUCAUCAGACCACCAACAGCUGCAUGUUUACAGGCACUCCUCAGCCAUCAGUGAACGGGAUGCAGUAUGGUUCUGCAGAUCCGGUAUCCUGCCAGAGGGCUAAAGGUCUGGUUACCCAGAGUCCUACACAAGCAUCCUGCUACUACCAAAGAGGUCCUAGCGAGUCAAUCGUGGGCGCCUCGGUCAUCCCACAAGAAGACACCAAUAACAGCCCCAUGGCCUGUCGAGUGCCACUUGGGUUAACUCCAGAUAACAUUCUUGCUCAGCAGUAUCUCUCCUGCAAUGGCCAGACACAGGUAAACUGUACUAAUGUAAUCCAUGGUAUAAUUUAAUCCAUGGUAUAAUUAUAACUUCAAACUAGCUUGUUCUAAUUCAGAGAUCAAAGCACCAGGUGUGUGCUCACUCCCUAUUUUUAGAUUGAGUCUUGAAGUUUGUUGAGAAUAGCGGAACUACCCUGUUCUCACCCCAGGCUCAUUGUGUCAUCACACAUCCAGUUUUUUUUAAACCGGUUUGGUAAUCUCAGCUCUACCAUCAGUCACAAGUCUUUGUGAGAAACAACAUUUUGGGAUGUUACUACUGCCACCAUGUGUAAAGA